AUGACCACGCCGGCCCAUGUCCCUCCGGACGUGCGUCGAACGAUAUUACGUGCGUUUACGAAGAAGAGACACUUGCAAUUGCAGUCGGAUGCAGUGCAGUUUAUAUUCAGCACACUUGAAGAGCAUGACUUGCUUCGUGACCCUGACGCGACGCAGGAAGCCAUAGAGGCCCUGGCGGGGGCAUUGGUCGAUCAGCAUGUAGCAGGCGCACAGAUUGCCGGCUUCGACGGACAUGUGGUAACAGGAGCCGCACUACAGAAAGUCUACGACCAGCUGCUGGUCGAAGCUGCGGACGACGGGCAGCCCAGUACACAGGCACUCACGCAGGGCGAUACACCGGAAGUGCAGCGCUUCUUUGCUGUGUGUGAUGCCUUUUCACAACCGUGGAUCCGAUUUCAUGGCGGCAGGAAAGUGUUUGAGAACGUGGACAGAUCACGUACGCUGCUUCCGACACCGGAGGCGUCCAGCGCUCAUAUGAUUGAGCGGUACGAACUGCUUAAGAGCGUAGUCCUACGGAACGAGCAUUUCUUGCCUGCGCUCACUGGUCAAGCAUCCCAGCGCAAUUCCUUCAUGCAUUUAACGACGACCAAAAACUUGCUAGGCCGACAAGGCGAGCACUGCCUGCUCUUUGGCCGCCUGUCGACCUCGGCGGAUGGCACGUAUGUGCUGGAAGAUACCGAAGGAACUGUGCGGCUCGAUCUGUCCCGAGCGAUGGCUGGUGAAGGAAUUUUUACAGAGGGCGCGUUUGUGCUCGUGGAAGGUGAAUAUACCAAGGACGAGUGCUUGCAAGUAGUGGCGCUUGGACAUCCGCCCAGCGAAAGUCGCGAGCAGGCGCGCAUGUAUACGGGCCAUCUUGAUUGGCAUGGGAGUGGCGCUGUGCCGACCAAACACGUUGCUGCUUUGCAGGCGCAGGAGGCACAGCACCUGGAUGUGUGCAUGGCCGUUUUUUCAGACGUCUACUUGAACGAGGCGAGUACACUACGUCACUUGCGUGCGAUUUUGCAAGGCUACCAAGACGCAGAUUUUUUGCCGCUGGCGAUUGUACUGUGUGGCCCCUUUUCCUCGGUGCCUGUGGAAGCGGCAGGUGCUAUGGAGGCGUAUAUGCAAGGGUUUGCUCACUUGGCUGACGUUCUUCUUGCCUUCCCGCGCGUUUUGCAGUCGUGCCACCUCGUUUUGGUCCCUGGCGCUCGUGAUCCUGCGGCGACGCCCGUGCUACCACGCCCGCGAAUUCCUGCACCGUUGGUCGAGAGAAUGGAGCGCAAGCUUCCACGCUCCUUUGUGGAGGAGCGUCUGCACUGGAUGAGCAACCCAUGCCGUCUUGUGUACUUCUCACAGGAGAUUGUGGUAUUCCGCGACGAUAUUAUGAGCAAAAUGCUACGCAGUGCGAUUCUGCUAAAAGACCAAGUGGCGCCAGGCGACUUGCAAAAGUACCUCGUGUCGACCCUAUUGGAUCAAGCAUACUUGUGUCCGCUCCCUGCCCAAGUACGCCCCGUGCUGUGGGAGUACGCAAAUGCGCUCUGUUUAUACCCCAUGCCUAGUGCGCUUGUCCUUGCGGACCGAUAUGAACGAUUUGAGCUCACGUAUGAAGGAUGUCAUGUCUUCAACCCAGGCUCCUUCCACGGUGCCCAAGGAUGGACCACCUAUUAUCCGGCCACUGGCCAAGCGGAGCGAAGUGCAUUGUCUUUGUGA